UUUACAGCAGACCUUAAAAUGUUUACAUCCGGUUAUGAUGGCUGGCUAGCAGACAAUAUUUUAGAGGGAGUUGAUAUUUUUGAUUCAUAAAGUACACUUCAGUGAUCAGAUAUUAGAAAUGAGUGCAGUUACGGAACCAGUGAUUUUAGCAACAGCUGGAUAUGACCAUACUAUCAGAUUUUGGCAGGCCCACACAGGUCUUUGUUACAGAACAGUGCAACAUCCAGAUUCUCAAGUCAAUGCUUUAGAAAUUACCCCAGAUAAAAAGAGAAUAGCAGCAGCAGGUUAUAUGCAUAUAAGAAUUUAUGAUAUAAAUUCCAAUAACCCUAAUGCUAUAAUAAAUUAUGAUGGUUUGUCUAAGAAUGUUGUUGAAGUUGGAUUUCAUGAUGAAGGAAACUGGAUGUUCACUGGAGGAGAAGAUUGUACAGCUAGAAUAUGGGAUUUAAGAGCAAGAAAUUUACAAUGUUCCAGAAUAUUUCAAGUUCAUGCUCCAGUCACUUGUGUGUUUCUACACCCAAAUCAGGCUGAACUGUUUGUUGGUGAUCAAGGAGGAUCUAUUCACAUUUGGGAUUUAAAAACAGAUAAAAAUGAACGGCUUGUACCUGAAGGUACUGCAGCUAUACAAUCUAUAACAAUUGAUCCAAUGGGAACAAUGAUGGCUGCUGUUAAUAUUAAAGGUAAUUGUUUUAUAUGGACAUUAACAGGUGGUAAAGGUGAUAAACCAACAGAACUUCAUCCUAAAAAUCAUUUUAAAGCUCAUGAUAAAUACAUAUUGAAAUGUCUCUUUAGUCCAGAUUCCACGUUAUUAGCUACAACUUCAGCUGAUGGUAGUUGUAUAAUUUGGAGAACAACAGAUUUAACUCAGUUAACAGAAUUACGAGAAAAAACACAGAGAUGGGUGUGGGAUUGUGCAUUUAGUGAUGAUUCAGAAUAUAUAAUAACUGCUUCAUCAGAUAACAUGGCUAGAUUAUGGAAUGUAGAUACUGGAAAAGUAAAAAGAGAAUAUAGUGGUCAUCAGAAAGCUGUUGUCUGUUUAGCAUUUAGAGAUGAAAUUAUUUCCUAGCAUAUAUAUUAUAUUAUUGUUGUUAUCUUGUAUAUUUUGUGUAAAUAAACUAUUUGAUGUAUA